CCAAAGCCACUCCGUUAUUUUUUCUUCAAGCAAUAUCGUUUACUAUUCUAAGAAACAUUUUAGGAGAGAAUGGCAAUGGCAGCUUCGGAAGCGCCACUAGCGAAGAUUGACAUAGCUGUUCCCUCAAGACUGAAGCUGUCCGUUACCGAGGGACCUUGCAAGGGGCAAGUAAUUGAGUCAACUAGUUUCAACAGCCUAUGCCUAACCGUCGGCAGAAUCGCUAAGCGGGCAAAGAUUUACCUCAAGGACAAGGCCAUCUCCGAGAAGCAUGCGGAGAUGGCUUGGGAUGGGCAAAAGGGAGCUUGGCUGCUGAGGGAUACGGACAGCUCCAACGGGACACGGCUCAACCACGCUUCCCUGGAGCCCUUCUUCGCACAUCCACUCAAGUCCGGGGACUUCAUCAAAUUUGGCACGGAUACAGUUGCCGAAGUAACAAUUGAGCCGCGGUCGCUGUGUGACGCGACGGUGGAGGAGCUGCUUCGGGCGUUCUUCGAGACGCGCUGCCAGGAGCUGGAGGAGGAGACCACCCAGGCGCCCCGCGACAUGCUGCAGCGGUGCCAGGAGGCGUUCAGCGCCCUCCUCGCGCCGCCGCAGCAGGCCUAGCAGCAGCGGCAGCAAGGCGUGGCGGCAGCAACCAGCGCUGUUGCUGCUGGGAGCAUGGAAGCAGAGAGGAGUUCGGAGCAUGUGGAGGCCUAGCUCAUUUGGAGGGGCCGAUGCAUUUGUGCAGGAGCGCCGCUGUUUCGGCAUUUGGGUGUGGGGUGCAUGGUACGACAUUUGAACGAGGGCUGUACUGCGUGUGGUUAGAAAACUGGCCGCGAGUCGGAAUGUGCUGUGCCCACUGAGUCGCUGAACUGGCGGGUGAUGGUCAUCUAGCGGCCGCCCCCACCUCAGGGUCCCGCCUGCAGCAAUGCCCGGCCAUGCCCGGGAUCCCUGUAUGGUGUUUAGGCAGAGCCGUAUCUCAGUGUGUUGAUUCGCCCGGGAGGCCUUAAUAGAUACCGGUACGGUAUUCCGCACUGAUGUUUGGCAGCGGGGAGGGAAGCAGGGAACACUGUUGCAAGUGUGGUGGUGUUCGUUAGUGGGUGGCUACACACGGGUAGAGAUGCAGGUGCUGCAUGGACACCCGAAACGUUUCGGGACGCGGGCAAUGGCGUGAGACAGCAGGAGGACGUAUUUAAUCCAGCC